UACAGAGGGGGGGUGGAGCCCAAAACUGGACCUUUGCUUUGCUGGCUUCGAGCUUUCCACUGUUGGUAUUUUACGGGUGUUGUCUUCUGAGAGAAACAAGAGAGAUAAGGGGGGAUAAAGAGCUUUUCUAUAUGUAUUUUUAGGGACCAAGCCGAAAUCUUUUCACUUAAAAAGGACUCCUAUUUUUUUUAAGCUCAUCCAUUUCGUUUAUCUUUCUUCUUCAAUUAUCUCAUCACUUGUUGAAACUUGAAACAAACCAAAUCAGAAGCCAAAACCCAAAUUUCCUCUUUAUUUUCCUUUGGUUUGAUUGAUCCAUAGAUCUGGUAUUUCCAAGUUCCGUACCCGCAUGAAGUUUCUUCCUUUUCUGGUACCAGAUCUUCCUUUUCAAGUAUAUAACCCAAAGAAAAGUGUUCAAGUGUUGUGUUGAGAACCAAAGGAGGAUAGGGCUCAUCCUUCAAAUUUCUAGGGCCUGGUUUAGAUGAGUAUUGGGAGGGUUUUGUGGGUGAGAUGAGGGAUGUUAUCUGGGUUGAUGAAGUUUUUGAGGGCCUGUUUUCUACUGAGUUCUGAUCGAUACGUUCACACAAGUUCUGAAGCCGGAGGUCGUCAAGAUGGCCUUUUGUGGUACAAGGACUCAGGGCAGCACAUCAACGGUGAGUUAUCGAUGGCAGUUGUACAGGCCAACAAUUUACUUGAGGACCAGAGCCAGCUUGAGUCCGGUUGUUUGAGUUCACAUGAUUCGGGCCCCUACGGUACUUUUGUUGGUGUAUAUGAUGGGCAUGGAGGCCCAGAGACUUCACGCUACAUCAAUGAUCAUCUCUUUCAAUAUCUAAAGCGAUUUACUUCAGAGCAACAAGGGAUGUCAGUUGAUGUGAUACGGAAAGCAUAUCAAACAACAGAAGAGGGUUUCUUGUCUCUCGUUACCAAACAGUGGCCCAUGAAACCGCAAAUUGCAGCUGUUGGAUCCUGCUGCCUGGUUGGUGUUAUCUGUGGUGGAUCUCUUUAUGUUGCCAACCUUGGUGAUUCCCGUGCUGUCUUGGGGAGAGCUGUGAAGGCGACAGGAGAGGUUCUAGCCAUUCAGCUGUCGGCUGAGCAUAAUGUGUGUAUAGAGUCUGUAAGACAGGAGAUGAAGUCAUUGCAUCCGGAUGACUCACAAAUUGUAGUUUUGAAGCAUAACGUAUGGCGUGUAAAAGGUCUCAUACAGAUUUCCAGGUCCAUUGGUGAUGUAUAUUUGAAAAAGGCUGAGUUCAACAGGGAGCCUUUAUAUAAAAAAUUCCGCCUUCGCGAACCUUUUAAAAAGCCAAUAUUGAGUGCAGAUCCAUCAACAUCGGUGCACCAGCUGCAGCCACAAGAUCAAUUUGUGAUAUUUGCAUCGGAUGGGCUUUGGGAGCACCUAAGUAAUCAGGAGGCUGUCGAUAUAGUUCAAAAUCAUCCACGAAGUGGAAGUGCAAAGAGGCUGGUAAAAACUGCUCUACAAGAGGCAGCAAAGAAGCGAGAAAUGAGGUAUUCCGACUUGAAGAAGAUCGACCGUGGUGUCCGCCGGCAUUUCCAUGACGACAUCACAGUUAUUGUGGUGUUUCUUGACUCGAACCUAGUGAGCAGGGCCAGCUCGGUUAAGGGCCCUAAUCUAUCCGUUAGAGGGGGAGGAGUUAACUUCCCUCCUAACAUACUGGCUCCCUGUGCUACGCCAACCGAAGCCGGUGGCACCUGAUUAUGUAUGCCUAUGUCGCAUGCCCCCCCGUGUUGUAUCAUUUUCUUAUGUGAAUACCAGGUAGCUUCCAAAAAGCGAUAAACGAGGAGCAAGCCUUCGAUUUUUUAAUGUACUCUGUAACGUUCAACUGGAAACUAAUACCCGUAUCGAGCUUCAUGUUUGUCGAAAAACUCGAAAGCACUAGAGAAAGAGAACAAGGUGACGAUUGUUA